AUGCAAGGCCCGCUCAUUACGCCUUCAACGCAAACUGGCAAAGCAAUUGAGGAGGGUCCGGGCAAAGCCGCCAGUGACGUGUUAUUGCUGGUUGGGGAAGCCGCUGGAAUGGGAGUUGAAGUCUCUGGCACGGAUAUAGGGUCUCCAACCGUCGAGGUGGAAGGCCCUGGGGAGAAAGUCAACACACUCCCAGCCGUACCAGUGACCACACAAGAUCCACCCAUGUCUCCUCCGCUGCAGAUUGGAAAAGUGCUUGACGUCGCUUCGGCAGUAGUUGUUGCGUUGGUCCAAAUCGGACUCGUUGUUGGUGUUAAAGUCGAGAUGCCAAGAGAUCCCGAUGAGAUACAUGGUCCGAUCAUCAAUCCUCCUGUGCACCACGGGAGCGUCAAGGAGGUAGAGAUGUCUGAUAGUAAUACCGAUGGAGUCGAUAUGGCGGGGCCGGCAGUGCCACUGACGAUACAAGGACCACUCAUCUCUCCGCCUGUACAAACUGGGAGACUGUUUUCAGAAGCCAAGCGUGAUGAUGAAGCUGGAAGACUUUCUGCAGACGUAGUAGGGCCAGCUGUCGUAAAUUCUGUUGAAUUCAACGCGGAGGACGUUGCUGUUGAUGGCUGUGGUGAGAUCGUCACGGAUUCGCUAACAACGCAAGGACCGCUCAUCUCGCCUCCUGUGCAAAGUGGUUGUGCUUCCGAUGCUGAGGACCUGGCGGGUGGCUUGUUGCUAGUGGCAGUCGUGUUGGUAGUAACAGGCCCAGCACCUGAGCUUGUCCCUUCCACAGGAGAUACCAACGACGUGGAAAAGCCUGCUGUUCCGCUCACGAGGCAUGAGCUGCUCAUCAAACCUCCAGUGCAAAAUGGAAGAGGACUCGGCAGGGAAGAUACUUUGGUAGGCGCAACCGAAGAAGUGGCAUUUUUGGGAGAAAGUGAAGUCGACAAGGUGGACGUGCCCGCAGUGCCACUCACAAUACAGGGUCCCUCCAUUACUCCGCCCGUACACCAAGGCAAAGGUAGAGUAGAUGCCGAGCUCGAGUUACUUGUUGCUAUGGCUGCCUGA